UGUCAUACCAAUCCAAUGACAAUGACAACGUAAACGUCAGAAAAAUCGAAAACAAGAAAAUUACUGAAAGUGAAAUUAAUAUUUUAUUGUUGAAAAAAUGUCCUCAAACAAAAAAAUAGAAGAUGGAUUAGAACAUAUUCGAAAUGCAGAAAAGAGUUUAAAAACAUCCCUCUUGAAGUGGCGACCUGAUUAUGAAAACGCAGCUGAUGAAUACAAUAAAGCAGCCACCUGUUUUCGCAAUGCAAAAUCAUUCGAUCAAUGCAGAGACUGCUUACUCAAAGCAGUAGAGUGUCACAAACAAAAUAGGGCAUUAUUCUAUGCUGCAAAAGCUCUCGAUCAGUGCGUUUUGAUGAGUAAAGAAUUGGGAGAUCUAAGGGCAAUUCCACAAUAUGCCGAGAGAGCAGCGAAUAUGUAUCAUACCCAAGGAAAUGCAGAAUCUGCAGCCUCCGCUUUAGAUAAGGCUGCUAAAAUUAUAGAACAGAAACUUCCAGCUGAUGCUCUUAAAUUAUAUCAACAUGCCACUGAAAUUGUUAUGAUCCAAGAUAGUACCAGGCAAGCAGCAGAAUAUGCAAGUAAAAUCGCAAGACUACAUGUAAAACUAAUGCAAUAUGACUUAGCAGCUGAUGCUAUCAGAAGAGAGUUAGGAUUACACCAGCAAAAUGAGUCAUAUCAAGCGACUGGUAGACUUACAGUCGCCUUAGUAUUAGUUCAGUUAGCUAGAGGUGACGUGGUCGCCGCAGAAAAGGCAUUUAAAGAAUGGGGUAACUACUGCGAAGCUCCAGAAUUGCAAACUUUGGAAUCUUUGCUACAAGCUUAUGACGAAGAAGAUCCAGAAGGCGCUAAAAGAGCCUUAAACAGCCCGUUUAUCAAACACAUGGAUGUAGAAUACGCGAUACUUGCCAGGGAUAUGCGGUUGCCAGAAAGUUCGCUCCCCCAAACUCGCGUCGUUCAAGAAAACCCUUCGGCACCUAUUGAUGUCGUAUCCAAAGCACAAGGAGAUGAGGAGUUAGAGGUAUUCAGCAACGAUGAACAACCUUCAAGUGCUACUGAAGAAGUACCAACAGAAGAAAACGAGGAGGACGAAUAUGCAGGAGGAUUAUGUUAAAUUGCUAUAGAUACUAUAUAUUCUAAUCGGUUUUCAUUAUUAAAGUUUUGUAUAUUAAACACAUCUCGACAUUUUUGGUAGGUAUCGGUAUUUAUGGAUUCGUAAUUGUUUGAUACAAGGCGCUCAAAAAUUUGGGAGUCACAUUAUUUUACAUGUCUAUGUAUUUUUAAGAGCUAUAGUAAACAUCUUGUGUAACAAUAUUAAAAUUCGACUUUUUGUUGGGUACUUUCGCUUGCAAAACGCUUACGUUUUUGAGUUUUGGAGUUAUGCUUUCGAACUUUCGCUGAGAGUAAUUAAAAAACGUCUUUUUUAACUGAAUUUAUUGAACUCAUCAGUUAUUGGUGGCGCAGUUGUCACGAUUACUUGAAUUACUCUAAUGUUUGAACACACGAUCGUUAGUAAUGAAUAUAUUUUAUGACAUUUUAGUCACUGCUGUUUGGAGGCUUUCUAAAUCCAAUGCAAAUAUCGUCAAUAAAAUUUCUCCAUUGUUGACUAAGAAACUUUAUUGCAGUAUGCCCUGAAAAUGUAUAUAAUUUUUUUACAUUUUAUCCAGUAGUACUUCUUUUAUUACUUGAAUACAUAAGUAUUUAGAACCUAAAUGUACACUGUGUAUUCGUAACAUAUUUAUUGUUAAAAAUGGUAGGCAUAUAGAAUUUUGUUACCUUAAUUUUGAGCUGUGCAUUUGUUUCUAUUUAACUACUGAGUUUUCAUGCUCAAGGUGUAAAAAUUUAACGACAAAUCCAAUAUUUGUGCUAUACUCUUAAAUAACGUUAUUAUAUAUACACUUCUCAAAGAAAUUAACGCACCACCUUAAAAAUGGGUCAUUUUUGAUGUCUCGAAUUUCCCAAACCUGUUGUCCAAUUUAAGUGAUUUUUUGUAAUAAUAAUAAUAAUAUCGUAUGGUAUUUUUGCCGGGAAGAUCCUUUCGGACAGGUUCCGGCGCCAUUUACAUCUUUAACCCUGUUUCAAGCAACUAGUGUCGUAAACAGCUCGUAAACUUUUUCUCAUAAGCAUCUUUCAGUGCGUCACAGUUUUUCGAUUUAUUUCUAACGCAUUAAAUUGUAUGUGACAGAAAAAAGGCACGUCUGUGAUUAGAGACAUUUACAACAUUUAUUCUAGUUGUCGAUAGAUGGCGCUAUAAUCGAAAAAAAUAUUUACGAAUUAUAUAAUAUAUCUACGAAUAUAAUCUGUUCAAUUUAUAAGACUAUACAAAUCAAAGAAAAUGCCAUUUUAUAAAUGCAGUAAACAUAAUUGAUUUGUUUUUAUGCCAAAUUGCAAAUAAAAUGUGACAACUGUCAAAUUUAACUAAAAUGUCAUGUUAGAAUAAAUGUUAUAAAUGUGUAUUAUCACGGACUUACUUUUUUUUCUAUCAUUUGUGACGCACUGAAAAAUGCUCAUGAAAAGUACUAUAUCAUUUUUAGAAAUGAAAAUGGAUUGUCUGUACCGGGGCUCGAACCCGGGCACUCUGGCUUAUGAAACCAGUUGUCAUGCCGCUGCGCCACGGCUGUUUACAUUUUUUGUAAUAUGUUACAAAAAAUGUGAGCAGUUUACAUUUUUUGUAAUAUGUUGUAGCCUUAUUCUUUAACAAUAUCGCUGUAAUAAAAUUUUUACUAGACAGGUAAAUUGUCACUGUGUACCGGUCAAACUGUGUUUUUCUCAAAGUUCACCACACCCUGUGGAAUAUUCUAGAAUUUAUAAAAUAUUGAAAUUAAAACCAAACUAUAGCAUCAGAUUUUCUUAACAUUCUGUUUUUUGUUUCAUUCGCUUAUGUUGUAUAAUAAAAAAUUUAGGUUAAUUUAACAACUAGCCAUGUUCUUCAUCAAUACAUGGUGUUUCAAAAUAAGUGCGGCAAACUUUAAGGGGUAAUUCUGCAUGAAAAAAUAAUGACAGUUUGCUUUAUAAACAUAUGUCCGCAAAUACUUCGUUUCCGAGAUACGGGAUGUUGAAAUUUUUCUUACAAACUGACGAUUUAUUUAUUGCUGUAAAACCGGUUGAGAUAUGCAAUUGAAAUUUGGUAGGUUUUAAGAGGUAGUUAUUGCGCAUUGUUUGACAUACAAUUAAGAAUUUUAUAUUCUCCAUUGGUCGAAUCAUUUGCGGACAUAAGUUUAUAAAGCAAACUGUCGUUUCUUUUUUUUGUAGAAUUACCCUUUAAAGUUUGUCGCACACCCUGUAUUGAUGAAAAACAUGGCUAGUUGUUAAAGUACCUAACUUCUUUAAGAAAAAAUUAAAGCACUCAUGGAAGUGCCGACAGAAGUGAAAACUUCUUAUAGUAUAUAAAUUACAAGCUCACUGCUUUUUCCCCGUCCAAAAAGAAGUGCUAUACGGUCUGAGCUUCGCUGGUGUCGCUCCUAGCGGUUACUAAAUCAACUUUCACCGGUAAUUUUUAAAUUUAUUAUUUAAUUGUUAUCGCUUAAUAUUUACAACGCUAAAAAGUAAUUAAAUUGUAAUAGAUUUUUUUAAGAUUUUGCUAAUCAUUUUGACGUUCUAUUGAUGAAAUAUUAAUUUCUUACUUUGGAUACUUUCACAAUUAUCAUGUAGAUGGCGCCAAGAUUAAUUUAUAAUUACAUAUUACAGAACAUUAAAAAACGCAAAUUUAGUAUUUAAAACGUAAGUAUAUUUAAGGUAAAAAUAUAAACCACAGCUUUGGUCAACUAACAUUUUUUAUAAUUAAUGUUUUUAAUUUUAAUUUAAAAUUAAUCACUUUGACAUUUAUGUCAAAUUUCCGGUAAACGUUUACAGACUUGUCACUACUGGCGCUCACGAAUUUAUAAAUAUCCCCUCUACGUACGAGCUCACAGCGUAUAACUAUAUUAUAUACGCGUUGCGUACGUUCUAUGCUACUUAUGUAUACAUACACAUAAUAUAAAGAUGUCCACAUAAUAUAAAGAUAAACCAGGGUGUCCCGAAAAGAUUGGUCAUAAAUUAUACCACACAUUCUGGGGUCAAAAAUAUUUCGAUUGAACCUAACUUACCUUAGUACAAAUGUGCUCAUAAAAAAAGUUACAGCCCUUUGAAGUUACAAAAUGAAAAUCAAUUUUUUUCAAUAUAUCGAAAACCAUUAGAGAUUUUUUGUUGAAAAUAGACAUGUAUCAUUAUUAUGGCAGGAACAUCUUAAAACAAAAUUAUAGUGAAAUUUUUCCACCCCAUAAAAAUUUUAUGGGGGUUUUGUUCCCUUAAACCCCCCCAAACUUUGGUGUACGUUCCAAUUAAUUCAUUAUUGUGGUACCAUUAGUUAAACACAACGUUUUUAAAACUUCUUUGCCUCUUAGUAUUUUGUCGAUAAGCCAGUUUUUAUCGAGAUGCGGCUUCUUUUUUAAUAUGUUUACAUAAAAAUUUUAAGGGAGUUUUGUUCCUUUAAACCCCCCAAAUAUUUGUGUACGUUCUAAAUAAACUAUUAUUGUGGUACCAUUAGUUAAAUACAGUAUUUUUAAAACUUUUUUGCCUCUUAGUCUUUUUUUGAUAAGUCACCUUUUAUCGAGAUGUGGCUUCUUUUUCAAAAUAUACCUAAAAAUGUAAAUUAUAAAUAAAUUUUCAGAUUAUUAACAGGUCGCUACAAUCGUACUUAACCAUAUACAAAUAUGUGGUGGAUUCGACAAAUAUUCAAAAUAUCUCGAUAAACACUGGCUUAUCGAAAAAGUACUAAGAGGCAAAAAAGUUUUAGAAACAUUGUGUUUAACUAAUGGUGCCACAAUAAUAAUUUAAUUGGAACGUACUCAAAAAUUUGGGGGGGUUUAAGGGAACAAAACCCCCAUAAAAUUUUUAUGGGGUGCACAAAUUUAACUUAAAUUUUUUUUAAGAUGUUGCUACCAUAAGAGUGCCACAUGUCCAUUUUCAAUAAAAAAUUUUUAAGAGUUUUCGAUAUAUGAAAAAAAAAAUCGAUUUUCAUUUUGUAACUUCAAAGGGCUGUAACUUUUUUUGUGUGCACUAUUGUAUAUAGGUAAGUGAGGUUCAAUCAACCUAAUUUUGACCCCAGAAUCUGUGGUAUAAUUUAUGACCAAUCUUUUCGGGACACCCUGUAUAUACGUACGAAAUUUAGUUCGGCAAAGUGAUGACGGUCGCAAACUCAAUACUUUUUCCCUAUCUAAAAAGUACACAACGUCCCUAAAGAAGUUUUCAUUUCAAAAAUUUAUUUCUCCGAAGCGAUGACGGUCGCUAAUUCUACACUUUUUCCCCAUCUAAAAAGUGUAUAACGUUCCUAAAAAGUUUUCGCUUCAAAAAUUUAUUUCGUCAAAGCAAUGACGAUCGCGAUGACGGUCGCUAAUUCAAUACUUUUUCUCCAUCUAAAAAGGGCACAACGUCCCUAAAGAAGUUUUUACUUCAAAAAUAUAUUUCGUUGAAGCAAUGACGGUCGCUAGUUUAAUACUUUUUCCCCAUCGAAAAAGUACAAAACGUCCCUAAAGAAGUUUUCACUUCAAAAAUUUAUUUUGUCGAAGCAAUGGCGGUCAACAUGACGGUCGCCAAUUCAAUAAUUUUCCCCAUCUAAAAAGGGCACAACGUUUCUACAGAAGUUUUCACUUCAAAAAUUUAUUUUGCCGAAGCGAUAACAGUCGCUAAUUUAACACUUUUUUCCCAUCUAAAAAGUGCACAACGUCCCUAAAGAAGUUGCACUUCAAUAAUAUUACUAUUAUUAUACGUACAUUAUAAUAAUACACGUACAAAACUUAUUUCGUCGAAGCGAUGACGGUCGCGAAAUCAAUCCUUUUUCCCCAUCCCAAAAUAGAUUUUACAUUUAUUUUAAAUUUAAAUACUUCUACACAAUUUAUAUAUACAUAGGUACACAUAAUAAAUAUACGUACAAAAUUCAUUUCGCCGAAGAGAUGACGGUCGCCAAAUAAAUCCUUUUUCCCCAUCCAAAAAUAAGUUUUACAUUUAUUUUAAAUUUAAAUACUUCUGUACAAUUUAUGUCUACAUACACAUACUAUAGAUACGUACAAAAUUUAUUUCACCGAGAUGACGGUCGCGAAAUAAAUCCUUUUUCCCCAUCCUAAAAUAGGUUUUACAUUUAUUUUAAAUUUAAAUUAUUCUAUAAAAUUUAUAUAUACAUCCACAUAAUAUACCUAGAUAUAUACAAAAUUUAUUUCGCCGAAGCGAUGACGGUCGCGAUGAUGGUCGCGAAAUCAAUAUUUUUUCCCCAUCCUAAAAUAGAUUUUACAUUUAUUUUAAAUUUAAAUACCUCUACACAAUUUAUAUAUACAUACACAUAAUAUAUAGCAUAAGCGAUGACGGUCGCGAAUUCAAUGCUUUUCCCCUAUCCAAAAAUGGCACAACGUCCCUAAAGAAGUUUUCACUUCAAAAACAGAAUGUUAAGAAAAUCUGAGGCUAUAGUUCGGUUUUAAUUUAAGUACUUUAUAAAUGCUAGAAUAUUCCACAAGGUGUGGUGAACUUUAAGAAAAAAAAACACAUUCUGAUUGGAACACAUGGUAUACAAUGACAAUUUACCUGUCUAGCAACAAUAUUAUUACAGCGAUAUGGUUAAAGAAUAAGGCUAUAACACAUUAAAAAAUCACUUAAAUCGGACGACAGGUUUAGGAAAUUCGAGAAAUCAAAAAUAACCCAUUUUUAAGGUGGUGCGUUAAUUUCUUGGAGUAGUGUAUAUAUAUGGUUUAUGUUAUUGAAUGAUAUAUAAUUGGCAGUCGGUACAAUCUGUGCUACGUCCUAAUCGAGGUGUAACCUUUUGUUGCUUCUGUAAAUAUUAUUUCUGUUAUAUUUGUAUAAAAUUAUUUGUUCAAAACUCGACAAAAAAUGUAUUAUUAUUUUUUGUGAAACAGUCAAGAUCAUCUGUCUGCUCUAAUGAUGCGUUAGAGCUGGAGAGAAUAAAGUGAAUGCAUUUAUAUAAUUUUAUAAAUUUUUCGGGAAAAUUUUAAGAUAGGUACUUUGUCAAGUUUUGAUCAAAAUGUUAGAUAUGAGAACUAGACUUUAUUCAUUAGCCUAAUUAUUCUUAAAUAUUGAAUAAAUGUGAUAUAUGUUUUAAGUAAGAAAUUUAUUCAUACAAGCAUUUCAUCUUGUUUUCUAUAUUUGUAAAUGAAUGUCAUUCUUGUGUGGAAAUUUGUUAUUUUUUUUAAUGUUAUAGUCAAGAGUGAUACACAAUUAUUUUUUACGUUAUUUUUAAAUGUAAGAAAUGUAGAAAUUUGUAAAGUUAUGAAAAUGUUAUUUCGGGCAAUAGCGAAGAGAAAAUAUCUGCUUCUUUUGCUCAGUAUUUCCUAAUUUGUGUCCUAAUUAUAUUUAUCAGAAUAUAUUUGUUUAUAUUAUGUUAUAUAUAAUAAUAAUAUAUAUUAUAUUAUUAUUAGGUUCCACUCCUCGUAAUAUGAAUCAGAUUUCUUCACAUAGGUGGUAAAGGAUUAAAUUAUUUAUUACCUAUGUGUUAAUAAAGAAAUUUUAUACCAUUAAUCUAUCAUGUGGGAGAUCUUCCUAUGGGGGUUUUACUGGUUAGUUUUUAUUAGUUAACAUUUCUUUUACAUUUCGAAUCCCUUUUUCUCCCAACAUAAUAAUCGUAUAUAUGAACUAAAACUGUUCUAUUUUAGUAAACAAUCUAGAUUCUAGAUCUUAUAUUAUUUAUUUUAUUAGAUUUUCGGUACAUAUAAUAUAAAGAUAUAUUAUUUUCUCGUAAUCGUUAUUACCGUUGAGGUACCCCUUUCUUAAUUAGUGGGAUUUUGGAAUUGUUCAUAUGAUUUGUUCACAUUUCGAUGUUUAACAGUUCCUCCGGUAACUAUUAUCAGUUUUCGGUCUCGGCAAUUGGUGUUUUUUUACUAUAUACAGGGUGAUUGAUUAGUGGGGUAAAGCUCCAUAGAUCCGCUAUAGUAAUAGAUAUCAGUAAAAGUUAAUAACAAAAAUUUUAGCCACCUUUGAGCUUCACAUUACAAAAUUAGUUAGAAUGUUACAGGGUGUUCGAUAACACAGUGGCAGGCCAAACUUAUGUUUUUUUUUUUAAUGGAACACCCUAUAUUUUAUUUUAAAUUCGAAAUCCUGUUAACUUCUCCAUCACAAAAAUAUAAAGGUUUGUUAUGUUAUACAGGGUAUUUACAAAGUUAUAACCAAUUUUAUAUGAAAAUCGUAACAAAUUCAACUCCCUGUAUAAAUAAAAAUAAGCAAAAGAGCAAUGGUUUAUUAAUGCCAUACUUUUUUACCAAUGGUUAAAAUUUUCAAGAAUUAUUGAUAUUGCUAAUUUUCUUUAUAUCAAAUACAGGGUGAGUCAAAACGGAAGUACAUUAUUUUCUCAGUAAUUUUAAAUGGAACACCCUGUAUUUUAUAUCACUAUCGAAAAAUACCAUUAUCGUACUUUAAUUUUUAGAAUCUAUUAGUUUUCGAGAUAUUUGCAUUUUUCCAUGGAUCAGUAGCGUGGUCACCGAAAUCACCAGAAUUUAAUAAACUGGACUGAUUUUUUUGGGGUUACGUUAAUAAUGAAGUUUAUAAAAUACCUCCAACAACAAGGGAUGAGAUGAAAAAUAGAAUACAAAGUGUAUUUCGAUGUGUUAAUUUACAAAUGCUUCGUAGAGUAAGUAGCUCAUUCUAAUUUUGAACACCUUAUGUAAUUAAAUAUUAAAAAUAUUUUAUGAAAAGUAGCUUCUAAUUUUUUCAAACAUGUUUUUUUUGCAAAAUGUAUUACUGAUAAAUUAUUUUUCGUUCUUUAUUUGUUACCAUAUUACAUUUACAUACAAAAGUAGUUGUUUAAUUGUCGUCACAAAAUGUUGUAUAUUGUGUUUGUUUGUUUUUUUUUUGUAAAAUUUAUUACUAAUUUUCUUUCUUUAUUUGUUACAUUUACAUAAAAAAGUAGUUUUUAUUUCAAAAAUGUUGCUGUUGUGUUUUUUUUUUUGUAAAAAUGUAUUACUAAUAAAUUAUUUUUAUUUCUUUCUUUGCUACAUUGUUACAUUGAUUACCGGAUUGAUAAUCAGUAAUCGUCAAUUAUUGUCAAUUCAGUCAUGGCUUACUUAAAAUUUACAUAAAUUUAGACACCUGAAUAAUUUGCUCUGAAAAAUGAAAAUAUCUCGAAAACUAAUAAAUUUGGACAUAGGGAAUGUUAUACAAAAAUUAAAGUACGGUAAUGUUACUUUUCAAUAAUGAUAUAAAAUACAGGGUGUUCCAUUUAACAUUACUGAGAAAAUAAUGUACUUGCGUUUUGGCACACCCUGUAUUUGAUAUAAAGAAAAUUAGCAAUGCCAAUAAUUCUUGAAAAUUUUCAUAAUAAAUAAAAAAUAUGGCAUUAAUAAACCAUUGCUGUUGUGCUUAUUUUUAUUUAUACAGGGAGUUGAACUUGUUACGAUUUUCAUACAAAAUUGCUUAUAACUUUGUAAAUACCCUGUAUAACAUAACAAAUCUUUAUAUUUUUGUGAUGGAGAAGUUAACAGGAUUUUGAAUUUAAAAUAAAAUUUAGGUUGUUCCAUUUAAAAAUAUAUAAGUUUGGUCUGUCACUGUGUUAUCGAACACCCUGUAGCAUUCUAACUAAUUUCGUAAUGUGAAGCUCAAAGUUGGCUACAAUUUUUGUUAUUAACUUUUAUUGCUAUCUAUUACUAUAGCGGAUCUAUUGAGCUUUACCCCACUAAUCAAUCACCCUGUAUGUGUUAAAAAUAUACUAUUAAUUAUUGUUGUACUUACAAUUGUUUGAUGUAAUUUAUAAUAAGUACCUACACUGUAAAAACUCAUAAUUACAAUAUAGUUACUCAUAAAAAUAGUUUUUCUCGCUUGUUCUUACCGUUUCUGGGGACGCACAUAGAAGCAUGAAGGUUCAAAUCUAGCUUCGAUCAAUUAUUUUAGGUUAGUAACCUAAUUAGCUUUCAAUUUUCCCGGGAACCACUCAGUAGGGCUGUAUAUUUACCUAUAAAUAUAGAGGAUCUUCCAAUAGGGACAUCCGAACUUUGACAGUUGAUUUCGGCCAUAUUGUUCAAGCUGACCAAUUGGCUACCAUUUAAUCUGUUUUGCCAAAUCACAAUGAAUGUAUAUGUUACUGUAAAAACCCGAUUUCAGUUAAAACCCGAUUUCAGUUAAAACCCGAAUUUACUAGGAAAAACUAGUUUUAACUAUGAUCUUUAGACAAUUCUAGUUUUAACUAGUGAAAACUAGAACUAUAAAAUAUUUUCAGUUAAUUCUAGUUGAGACUAAACAUAUUUCAGUCAAAACUAGUUUUUACUAAACUUUUCAGUAAUUUCUAGAUUCAACUAAAACUCGGUAAAUAAUUUGCCGCUCUGGUUAUUUGUAAAUAAUUUCUCUAAAACGUAAAAUACUGGACAAGAUCGUAGACGUAAAAACGCAAGUCCUUUGACUACGUUGUUGUUAUUGUCUUGCAUCCAGACUGCUAAUAUUUUCUCGAUGUCUUGGUUAGCUCGUUCUACUGAACCUUGACUCUGGUUGUGCCUUGGUUUUCCACGAACUAAUUAUGCCUUAGGCCAGUAUGACAUUACCGCAUUUAUAAAUGCAUUACCGAACUCUCGGCCAUUAUCAGAAAGUAAAAUGCAUGAAUGUAAAAAGUCAAGAAUAUAUCCGUUAUUUAUUGAUAAGCAACUUCGUCCGCCCUCUGACUUUGUAACAAAACAAAUUUUGAUAAAUGGUCUUGAUAAACCAUAAUAAACUUGUAGUCGUGAUCCUCUUGUGAUUGCAUAUCGAUCAAAUCUACCUAACAGCGACUAUUCAUUUCUGAACGCAAUAUAGGUUUCGACACAAGACCCCUCUUCGAUUUACUCUUCUUCUGUUGGCAGGUCUCACAAAUUGAUAUAAAAUUAUUGAACAUACCAAUUGUUAUAUUUGCGUAUUUUCUGGCGGUUUCAGUUUUCAACCCAUCCCAACUUCCAUGACCAAUAGCAACGUGGGCUGGGCUGCUUCAGUUGUGUCAAAAAUGUCUUCAGCAGGUACAUAAUAUUUGAUAGGUUCAAUUCUAGAAGCCAACUUUAUUAUUUCGCCAACUUCAACAAUUCUAAAUCGUUUUAGUGUUUUCUGGGCAGACAAUUCCGCAUCUUGUACUUCGGACAUUAAUUUAUUAUACAUGCUUUGGUCACAACAUUAUAGUGACUUCCUUUCUUCUCGCUCUGUUCUUUUUUCAAGAUCUUUUCCAAAAAACGUUCCUUCAAAGUUCUUAUAUCUCUGCUCUCAACCUGAUCUUCGACAUUAUCACUCAUGGUGAAUAAUACACCGUAGUGUAAUAUAUUCAAUAAAAACGAUGCAGAAAAAUCAACAGUUGCACACACUAGUUUGUUACCGACCGGCCGCCUUCGUCACUAACCCUACCCCGAAAAAGCCAAAUCGUAUUUGUCUCUUCUCGCAACGAUUUUAACUGUAUUCGCUAGUAAUUUCAGUAAAAACUACUCUAAAUGAAAUUUGUUCGGGAUUUCGAGUUUUAACUGAAUUUAGCAGUCAAAUCGAGUUUUGACUAGAAGUCUAGAGUUAAAACUAGAAUUGUCUAAAGCGCUUAGUUAAAACUAGUUUUUCCUAGUAAAUUCGGGUUUUAACGGUAACAUAGCGUACAAGUCUUUAAUUAAUUAAAUAUAAUUACUUUUUUGAAAAAAAAACUGAGUUACAAAGCUUGUUUUAUUUGUAUAUUGGAACAUAAAAAUUGUGUUAUUAGUCUUAUUAAACGGUUUAUAGUAUAGGCUUGUACACUGUUCUGGUGGGUAUCUAUGGUGAAGUAUCACUGAGCCGCAAGCCCUUAUCUCGUGCCCACUACUCAUCCAUAGGCCGAUCAGACACCUGCGUAUUCUAAUCUAAGUAGCAGAUUCGUUUAGAAUUUUGAACUACUACGUUAGCACUUUUUUUCUGUCCCGGCCCGAACCAUCGUCCGCUAAAUCAUUUGAUAGUGAAGCAAAUGCGAGUAGCCCCCUAACGUCAGCUUGGCUAUCUGAUCGACUUGCAAUGAUAAAGGGAAUUUCUUUGGAAGCUAAUAUAGCCCUUAAAACCUUUGGAAGAGCCAGUCUGAACGCUAAUAUUUACAUAAUAUAGUGUCUCAAAGAAUACGCGAUACCUUUCGCGCCAUUCAUUAGAAAAAAUUUUCUUUAGAUGCAUGAUAACGUUCGACUGCACCUUGCCAGAAUAACAUCAGUAUUUAAAGCACAUCGGAACUACGAGUUUCACAUAGUGAUACAGUAGAAGAGGUGCAUGAAAGGCACAUGUAGCUCAGCAUGUAAUUACUGCUGUGAUAAAAAGUAUGCUUCAAAGAAUGAGAAUCGUCAUACAAUACUACAAAUAUCGACGAGAAGGAAAUCCUGAUUUUUAGUAAUAUUUCUUCGAUCAAUCAAUGACAGCUUUUUAGGAUUUUGUUUUCAGAUGAUUUGAAAUAAAAUUUUCGUUUUUUUGUUAUCAAUAUUUUAUAUUAUUAAACAAUUCGAAAGAAAUCUGAGUGAAUUAAAUAUCUGUUGUGAUUUUUUGGAAAAAGCAAGUGUACGAUUGCAUGUAGAUUCAUAUAUAAUGCAAGUGUACCAUUUCAUAAAUAAUCAUGUAGAUUCUGGAAUCAUCAGUUCAUUCUAAUAAUUAUUGGUUUCUAAUGGAAACUUUGUCACGAUAUAUUAUGUCAUGGAAACCGGAAACCACAUGACCUAAAUAUGAUAUCUCUUAUUUUCUCCUUUAGGAUGUGUAAGUGAUACAAAUUUUGCAGUGUUUUUUUUUUGUGGGCUUAAAUCGUAAAACUGAAUAAAUUAAAAUUAAAAAACCAUAAAAGUUUGCAUUUAGUAUAUUAGGUUUGUUGGUUUCGUUGGCUUAUAAUUUUAAGUGGUAACAAAGUAACAAAAAUAAUUCGUGUGUCACAAUUGUUAUUAAUAGUUUAAUUUUUCGAAUAAUGAUUGUAAAGAAAAUGAGAGUCUCAGAUAAAGAUAAAUAAUGACUUGUAAACACUGUAUGUCUAAAUGAUGGAAGUGUGCACAAGAUAAUAACUAUACACAAUAUAAAAACAAUAAAGAGUUAAAAAUUAAAAAAAAAUAAUGCUGGGAGGGCAGAUUUUAGCCGUGCACAACAUAUUAAUAAACAAUAAUUAUUUACGAUUAUUUUUCCUUAUCUGCGAUUAUUCAUGAUUAAUUUCAAUCUACACAAUUUAUAAAUGAAUGUCUUUGUUGAUGUUUAAAAAGAAAACUUUGUAGUAACUUAGUCUUAUUCGCCAUAAACGAAAUAUAAUAAUGUUUAAAAAUUUUAUAUUUUGAUUGUAGAAACAACACUCUGCUCAAAUUAUGAUUAUAAUACCCCGAGCUUACUUUAUUAAGACCCCUACUUAAGUUUUUUUAAAUUUAUUUUUAAAGAAUGAUUGUUUAUUUUCUAUAAUUUGAACAUAUUUGUGGAACAUGUGAACUAUACUCCCUGUUUGUUUGAUGUUUAAAUACGUAUUCCAGAAAAGCACUCUGACAAAAUCUUAUCAAAAUCUCCCGACGAAUGUAAAAUUGUUCUUCAUAUAUAAAAUGACAUAACUGUAAAUAAUUAUUUUCCCACCUACCUCUACCGAAAGUAUAUUUUCCGGACCUGAUGUCCGGAAGUACCUAGGGAGGACAAGUAAAAGUGACGUCAUGGUAUUUCAUUUAUGAAAUAUAACUUAUUGACCCCCUGUACAAUAUCUAUUUUGUAUUACGUAAGUAUCUAUACAUUUUAACGUUUAUUUAUAAAAUACCCUGUAUUUUGCAGAAUGGUAAAAAAUAGUAAAUUGUUAUUUUGAUUUAACAAUGUUUACAUUAAUAAUUUGACUUAUAUUUGACAGUUGACAGUUAUAUUGUACCUAAUUGUUAGUUUUAGUUCUAAUAAAUUUUGUUGGUUAGUUACAUAAAUAAAUUAAGUGAAAAUGAAAAAAUGAUUUAUUUGAGGAAGGUGGAAAAACCAUAUGUAUAACAUGGGAGUAAAGUGCCUUUUCCUCCCUUGAAUGAAUUACUGCCCUCCGCUAUUCUCGGGAGGAAAAGUAGCACUUUCGUCCCUUGUUAUACAAAUAGCUAUUAUUCUGUGUUUUGCACGAAAAAUUUGUAUUUGAGGCUCUAUUUUUCAACAUCUAAUCAUUUUUUAAUCAGUACAUAUGUAGCUUUUCUGCCAAGUGCAAAACUUAAUUUAUCUUCUGAUUGUACUGAUACAUAAAAAGCAGGUUCUUCAAUAUCUUACUCUGGCUUACGCUGUUACCUCACUAAUUGACUACUUCUCAUAGUCCGCACGAUUAACAACUUUUUAAAUAACCUUACCAAUGUUAACAGAGUUUGAAGCUAUUUGUGCGCCUUACUUUCAGAGACGAAAAGAGAUAGAGUUUUUCACUUAAUGAACGCUUAUCAAAGAUGUUUAUGAAAUUUCUUUAUAAUAUCUUUUAUUCAUUCUAGGAGUAAACUUUAUUACUAAUCAACUAUGCAUAAAAUUGUAAAUACUUUUAUUGUUUGGCUAGUAUCGCCGCCUUAUAUCAUACCUUAGCAUUCCUUAGUUUUGUACAUUGAGAGGUGCAGCCAUUUUAUUUAGCCUUGCAUCUUCUACGUAUCUCAGCCAAAUAUAGAAACAUAGUAACCACACCUCUUAUCUUUUAAGAAAUUCUUAUUUUCGUCUCAAACAUUUAAAGCGGCCAUUUCUUACACAUCUGACGCUUUUACUUGAGUAAAGAGAUGAUUCUUCACUCUUGAGUAUUAUACUUUUAUUGUUGUAGUAACCAAAACAAUAGUCUAAACGUUCAGAGAAUUAUUAUACAUUGUCGUUCAAACACAAAUUGGCGGUAACAUUCAAAAAUCUCGUUAUUCCAAAUUUCCUUAAGCAGGGGUAUUGUAUAAUAUGAUCUUUUAGUUAUCAUUGUCAGUUGUUGUAAAUGAUACAUUAUAUUUUGUAUAUAGAACGGUUUCUUUUACAAGCAAGAAAGAAGUAUAAUAUUCAUUAGACGUAUAACGAUAUGAUUGACCUGUAGUAAAAAAAUGUACAAGGUGUUCUAAUUAAACAAACUUAUAGUAUUGGAUUUGUUCAAUGGAAACAUGGAUAAACUGAAGAAUUUUUAUUAAUUUAAAAUAUAUAUGUCCAUUAAGUAAGCUGUAAUAUUCACUAUUUUAUUGAUUCAUAGAUAUCCAACUGAUAUAUUCGGUCUUUAGUUGAAUUAUUUUCUACUGCGUAAACCAGUUUUGUCGUUGUCUUUCUAAAUUUGCCGUUCUUUAAUAUUUGCCUGUUACGAUGAAUAAGAUUGUCCUCAUUUUUUCUCUGUGAAUAUUAUGAAAGGGGUCAUUUGUCGCGUAAUAUUUAGUAGUAGUAUCAUCUACCCUUUUUAUUGUACAGGACACAUUUCUUCUUUAAAGUGUUCAACUUUUUAUAUCUCAGUUCUAAACAUUUCAUCAAUGAACUUCGUUUCUGAUGGUACUGAAAUUGUUACUAAGCCCAUUUACAAGAUUAUUGGUUCCAGAUUCCAAUACCUCAUUACUGAAUUUAGUAAAUUUAUUAGAUCGCAAAGAUGGCAAUAUACGCUCUCUUUGUAUUGUAAUUUUGCAAGAUAUAUUUAUUGUUUAUUGAGUACCCUUAAAGUAUAUUGUUUUUCGAAUAACUAUUCAUGAAGUACUUUUCCAUUCUACUCUAUGGAGGAAUAGAUUUGAAUUGAAUUGAAUAUAUUUAUGUUAUGUUUCUAUUGAACAAUCUCCAUGUAUUGUGUUAACGAAAGUAUUUCUUGUUUGAACGGUAUAACAGCUGAACCUAUUAGAACAUUUUAUAGCAUAAUAGUAUCAAUCGUACUGCUUUUUUGCUUGAUUACAUUACUAAUAUCUUAAUGUUAUCGACUUGUUCUAGUCAGAUAUCCUCGGUGUAAGGAUAUUAAAUUUAUGAUUAAUAUCAAUGCUUAAUUUAAUAAAUAAAGAAAAUAUUUAAUAUC